UCCUUGAAAGCUCUAAAAAGUGCAGCAUGACGAACAGCCAAACGAGUGGGCCAUCCGAAGAUAGUGUCCAUAUUCAAAGACAUCUCAACCAUACAUUUAUCAGUCUGUAACAUCAAACGGUCAGGAUUCCAUCACAAACCGCGUCUCUGCACCACCUCCCUAUAUAACCCCGAAUCGAGCAUUGCACUCCCCAUCUAGUGCUGCUUCACCUCCUGAAUUUCCACUCCAAAAAGACAUAUUCAGUCUUUACAAUACAAACCGAAAAAAGAAAUGGCGUGGAUUGUUUCUCUCAAAAUCAUGCUGAUUUCGAGCGGCGUCGUUUUCAUGGCUUUGGCCAUGAAAGUCUCUGUUCCUUUGGUGUUGGAGUUCGUAGCCUGUCACCUUCCUCUCAUUUGGAGCUCCUUCGUCUCAUGGCUCAGGCCUCCAUAUCUCUUCGUCAUCAUCAACGGCAUCAUCAUUAUCAUCGCCGCGUCUUCCAGAUUCCAUCACAAUCAGCCGGAGACACCGUCACCUCCACCGAAGGUUUCGGAGGAUCACGGUUACGAAGCUAAGGUUCGACCGGAGUAUGGCAUUUUAGAGAAACCUGAACUGGCAGUGUACGAGCUGAGAGAAGAGAAGCCGUCUCUGUCGCUGUACGAGCUGAGAGAUGAGAAGGGGAUGGUGGAGUAUGAGGAGAGAGAGGAAGUUACGGUUAAAGAUGUGGAGACUGCAGUGGUAAAUGAUACUGUAGAAGACGAAGACGAGGAAGAGGAGGACUUUGUAAUCUCGAGGACCGAAUGGAAACCGCUGAGGAGGAGCGAUUCGUCGGAGAUUAUUCUGUAUCCGGCGGAGAAACCUCCGGUGAGGGCGAGGUUCGGUCACCGGAAACCGCUCAAAUCCAGUCCUGAAGGCGGAAGGGCUCUGAGGGUAUCGAAGCCAAAACGGCUCGAAACGCUGGAGAGCACGUGGAAGGCGAUAACGGAAGGCCGUUCGAUGCCGCUGAGCAGGCACAUGAAGAAAUGCGACACGUGGGAGAAUCACGGCCGUCAGAUAAAUCUGGGCCUGCUGGACCCGUCGCCGGCGGUGAAGAAAUCGGAGACUUUCCAGGACCGGACCAACCAGCAACUGCAAGGUCCAGGUGUCACAUCAUCGCCUGGGUCUGGGAAGCUACGGAAAGAGCCGUCGUUGAGUCAGGACGAGUUGAACCGCCGAGUCGAAGCGUUCAUAAAGAAGUUCAAUGAAGAAAUGAGGUUGCAGAGGCAAGAAUCGUUGAAGCAAUACAUGGAGAUGAUCGACCGUUGAACCCAUUGAUCACAGAGGUCAAAGAUAGUGUUAUUUGGGUCCUUAAUUUUGGUAAAUAGGAAGUAUUUUUUAUUCGAAUUUUUAAUGUUUGCGAAUAUAUUUUCAAGCAUAGGUAAGAAGGAUGAUGAAGUGUGUAAAUUCAUCCUUUACACAGCAGGAAAAAAUGGACAAAAAGAAGAAGAAGUCCCAAAAAAAAAAAAAAAGAAAAAAAGGAAAAAGAAAGAAAAAACUUGAGAUUUUUAAAAUCUUUUUAAAAUUUUUGUGUCAAAUUCUGUAGAUAGUUUAGUUGUGUGCAAAGGAAGCUAGUUAAGCGUGUAACUAAAGAUGGUCCAAGUAUGUUUAUUAUAUUUAUUAAAAUGAAUCAUUAGAUAAUUAUAUUUUCAA